GCAGCCGCCGGCCGCGCGCCAUGGACGACGCCAGGCUACGCGACCGGGCGCCUCUCACCGUCAUAGUGGCGCCUAGCAACGCGUCGCCACCGAGGCUCUCCCCAGCAGACUUGCUGCCCGAUGGAGACGCCGCGUUCCACCCGCUAUCCGCUGUCAACGGACGUUUGACGCCUCCAGGGUUAGAGCCAGCGUCCUACGCAACAUUAACACCUCUACUACCACUUCCCCCAAUAAGCACAGUCUCGGACAAAUUCGCUUACCAUGCGGGGGGAACUUUCACAGUUAUCCAACAGCAACAAUCGUACGCGUCUCUAUCCCCCGCGCCGUACAACGAACCUUUAUCCCCCCAAUCGGCGUACAGCAGGCGAAGUGUUUCCCCCAAUUCCUUCGAAAGACGCUCGCCUACUCCUCCUCUACCGAGUCCAGGAUUGGAUUUGAAUGCCGCGUUGUUAGCGCGAGAAACCAGGGAGGAACAAGCCCAAGCCCAAGCUCAAGCGGAUACGGAAGAAAUUAAUACGAAGGAACUGGCUCAAAGGAUAAGUGGGGAACUGAAGAGGUACUCGAUUCCUCAGGCGAUUUUUGCGCAAAGGGUGUUAUGUAGAUCACAAGGGACUUUAAGUGACUUGCUAAGGAAUCCCAAGCCGUGGUCGAAGCUCAAGUCUGGAAGGGAGACGUUCAGGAGAAUGUGGAAAUGGCUCCAGGAGCCGGAAUUUCAGAGGAUGUCAGCGUUAAGGUUAGCAGCGGCCCAGAUUCCACAGAGAGGCAGUGAGUAUCGUGAGAAUAUGGGCUGCAAGCGCAAGGAGGAUUUGGGUUCGGAUACGCUGCCUUCCCCGAAGAAGCCGCGUUUGGUUUUCACAGAUCUGCAGCGGCGUACUCUGCAAGCUAUUUUUAAGGAAACAAAGCGACCUUCAAAAGAGAUGCAAGUGACGAUAGCGAGGCAACUAGGGUUAGAACCGACGACGGUUGGCAACUUCUUCAUGAACGCGCGCAGAAGAUCCAUGGACAAGUGGAAGGAUGAUGACGCGCCAUCCACGGAGUUAGACCAGAGUUGCGACCUGCAGGAUCUAGAUCACGUGCCCAGUCUAGACUCGGCGGAGUCUGAGGAGGACCACGAUGAUAAUGAUGAUCACCUGUUGUGACGCCCCAUACCGCAGCAGCAUUUGUUAGUGCUUUGAAAAGAGAACGAAGUUGCCUCGGGUUGCGGAUUGUUUGAGUGAUUUUUGAUGAAAACGACAAUUUUUUGGGAUUUUUUCAUUGAAAAAAAUUCGAUUUUUUUUCGUGUUUGGACGAAUUUGAUCAAUUUGACGGGGUUUUAACUUUAUUUUACUUGGUUUUAUAUUGAAGAUGAUUAUUGUUAAAUUAUUUUGAUGGUCAAUGUAAGGUAAUGAUGCAUAUUAGGCUAAUCGGCCAUCUCUUAUAAAGUUAACUAAAUGUACGAAACAAUUGACAUACAUGUCUGGUUUUUUAAAAGUUGAUCUGAUUAUUUUAGAAUCUGAUAUUUCUAGAUAAAAAAUAAAAAUCUUUUGAGUUUAACGGUUUAUGAACUGCCGAAAUUAAUCAUCGGCAUUGUAUCGGUAAGUUACUAAGCGGCAUUGUUAAUUAUUGUCAAAAAAGAUCAAUUUUUAAUACAAAACCAUUAUUAUCCGAUGGAAAUAAGCCCCUUUAUCAAAUAAACAAUAAUACAUACAUAAAUAAAUCACAGCUGAUUCACAUAUCCGUUGAAAUGUUAACUACAAACAAUUGACAUCUUUUGCAAAUUCAGCUUCAUGGUUUCAUGGAUAUUAAUUAUGACCGCUGUAAAUUUUUUGGACGAUUAGCCUAAAGUCAUUAAUUAAUUUUUGACUACCGUCUAAUGAUUUUUGGAAAAUUUGAAGAUUCGUCUCCAGUCAUUCAGAUCUCCCGAUGGCAACUUCAAGUAAGGAAGGUGUACAGAGUGUGUAAAGACUAUAGUGCGAAGUUGGUCCAUAGAAACUGAUCUCUCAAUAUUAUAUAGUGCAUACAUUUUGAGAACGCACUAGCCAUAUUUGGUCUGUUUGUCAACUGUCAUAUCAAAAGUACGAUUUUGGUCCUUUUUCUUCUCUGGUUUGGUAGCUUUUUGUAGUACCAGAACAGCACAAUGCUCUUCGCCAGUGUCGAGUAGCUUGAAGGAGGCACACAGCAGAUUGGUCGGUAAAAAUGUGUCAACUUUCUGAGUAUUUUUAACCCCCGACCCAAACGGAGGAGUGUUAUA